AAUAUCCUAAACAAUCAUAAAUUCCUAUAUGAAACAUGGUGUCAGGUGAAAACAAUUUAAAAAAGAUCCUUAGUGUUGUAAACAAAAAGAAAAUAAGAUUAGUAACACAAUAUCUAUAUGUACUUCAGUUUGAGGUUUGCUAAGCGGUGCUUAGAAAUAAAAGAUGGUGGAAGACAACAAAAUGGAAAAAAUAAUGGUAGGAUCCAUAAAGCCGCCUGUGGGAUAUUCAAUAAUUGAUGGAGACUCAUGGAAAAAGUAUAAGCAGAUAUUCAACCUAUAUUUAGUAGCAACAGGCUUGGAAAAACAAGAGGAUGAAAGGAAAAUUGCAGUUUUCCUAUCAUGUGCGGGAGACGAGAUGCUGGAUGUAUACAAUGGAUUAGGAGUGAUAAAGAGUUGGAAGGCAUUAGAGGAAAAUCUGGACAAUCACUUUGGUACCAAAAAUAACACAGUGGCCAAUAGUUACAAAUUUUUCAAUUUAAGGCAAGAGGAAGAGGAAAAAGUAGAUCGUUUUGUUACAAGGCUUAGGAAUGCAGCUAAGAUCUGUGAUUUUAAAGAAGAAAAGAGAUUGAUAAGAGAUAUGUUAACAAUAGGAGUAAAAGACGUUAGUCUCAAGGAAAGAUUAUUAUGGGAAGCAGAUUUAACAUUAGAAAAGGCGAUAAAUUUAUGUCAAGCAGCAGAAAAUAGCAAAAAACAAAUAAAGGAGAUGGAGAAUAAUGCGAAGGAAAUAAGUUUCAUGAAGGAAAGUUCAGCUAAAAAGGAUCGGCAGAAGAUGUUUCAUUGUAAUAGAUGUGGAAGACAACAUGAAUAUAGAAAUUGUCCUGCGUAUGGAAAGAAGUGUGCUUUGUGUUCAACAUUCAAUCAUUUUGCGGUAAUGUGUCGAUACAAAAAUAAAAAAGAAGAAAAACCAGGCACAACAAAACAGUUACAUAAAAAAGUACAAGGAGUGAAGGAGUCAAAUAAUAGUGAGGACAGUAGUAGUGAGGAAUUCGGACCAUAUUCAGAAAAGGUGUCUUCACAGUAUUAGAUCUCAAGGAUGGAUUUUUUCAAGUAGCCUUGGACGAUGAGGAAAAGCUGUGUACAUUUGGUACACCCUUUGGCAGAUACAGGUUCAAAAUAAUGCCAUUUGGCAUAUCCUCUGCUCCCGAGGUAAUGCAAAGGUUAAAUACUGUUAUUUUUAGUGAUAUACAAGGAGUACAUGUGUACUACGAUGACAUAAUCGUAGCUGGAGAUAGUUUGUCAGAACAUGAUCAAAUUUUAAGUAAGGUAAUAGAUAGAGCGAGAAAGUUUAAUGUUAAGUUUAAUAAGAAUAAAGUUCAAUAUAGGGCGGAGUUUGUUAAGUAUGUAGGGUUAUUGCUAUCAAAAUCAGGGAUAAAACCAGAUCCUGAGCAUGUGAAGGCCAUUGUUGAUUUAGAAAAACCAAAAAAUAUUAAGGAAUUACAAAAGUUCUUAGGAAUGUGUAAUUAUUUAAGUAAGUUUAUAUCAAAUUAUUCAAAAACAACAGAGCCGCUUAGAGAUUUGUUAAAGAAAGAUGUGUUGUGGGACUGGGGUAGUUUGCAAGAAAAAGCGUUUCAAGAGGUAAAAUGUAAAAUUUCCAGUGCACCUACUUUAGCAAUAUUAGAAAAAGAUGGUACAUUAACAUUGCAAUGUGAUAGUUCUAAAAGUGGUAUGGGUGCUUGUUUGUUACAGAAGGGUAAACCUGUUUCUUUUUACUCUAGGUGCUAUACAGAAUGUCAACAAAGAUGGGCACCCAUAGAAAAGGAGCUAUUUGCAAUUUGUUUAGCUAUGGAAAAAUAUCAUCAAUUUGUUUAUGGGCGUAGAAUAGUUGUAGAAACAGACCACAAACCUUUAGUUGCCAUAAUGAAUAAAGAUAUUAAUCAAAUCUCAGCUAGGUUACAAAGAAUGGUAUUAAGACUGUUAAAAUAUGAUUUUGAAAUAAAGUAUAUUCCGGGAUCUAGAAUGUUUGUAGCUGAUUAUCUAUCUAGACAUUAUAAUACCACUAAUGGGCAGAUAGAAAAUACAUUAAAAGAAUUAGUUCAUUGUGUGAGUUCAGAAACUGUAUACGGUUUAGAGGGUGAAUUACAAAUUUCAAAAAGGAAACUAAUAGAAUUACAACAAGAAUCAAUGAAGGAUGGUAACUUGCAACAUAUUAUGACUUGGUUUAAUACAGAGUGGCCCAAAAAUGCUAAAAAUAUAUAUGGUACAGAAUUAAAAAAGUUGUUUAAAUUAAGAAAUGAGUUAAUGGUAAAAGAUAAUAUUGUAUAUUUUGAGAAUAGAGUGUUAGUGCCUAGAUCAUUAAGAAAGGAAUUAUUAAGUAUUGUGCACUCAGGUCAUGCAGGAGUUGUGAAAUGUAAAAAGAGGGCAAGGAAAGUUUUAUUUUGGCCAGGAAUGUCGAGAGACAUAGAGAAUUAUGUAUUAUCAUGUAAACCAUGUGAAAAAUAUAGAGUAUCUAACUAUAAACAACCUCUGAUGUCUCAUGAGAUUCCGGAUUUGCCAUUUAGUAAAGUAGGUAUGGAUGUAGGUCACUAUGCAGGUAAAGAUUUCUUAGUUGUGGUAGACUAUUUUUCCAAAUGGAUUGAAAUGGUAUGGUUAGAAAACAAAACAGCUUCAAUUAUAAUACAAAAGUUAAUGAAAAUUUUCAGUACUCAUGGAUUUCCAAGAUAUAUAGUCAGUGACAACAUGCCAUUUGGUAGUUUUGAGUUUAAGCAAUUUGCAUUAAAAAAUGACAUUGAGUUAAUUAUGUCUAGUCCUCAUUAUCCUCAGUCUAAUGGUUUAUCAGAAAAAGCAGUUGGAAUUGUAAAAAGUUUGUUAAAAAAAUGUGAAGAGAGUGGUACCAGUUUUGAUCUGGCAAUGUUGCAUUAUAGAACCAGUCCAGUGGCAAAUUUAGAUUAUUCUCCUUCAGAGUUGUUAAUGAACAGGUUGUUAAGAACAAACUUACCAUGCUCAAAAGAACUUUUGAAAUCUAAGUUGUGUGUAGAUGUUAAAGAAAAAUUGUUAAAAAAUAAUGAAAAAUCUAGGACCAUUUAUAAUAAAACUUCUAAAUUGAAAGGGUCUUUUAAAAAAGGGGAAGAUGUGAUUAUACAGAAUGUACCUUAUAACAAGUAUUGGUCUUCAGGUAAAGUGAUGGAAGAAGGAAAUGGUCCUAGAUCGUUCACAGUUAUGAAUGAUAAGGGAAAUUUAGUCAGGAGAAAUGAGAAACACAUAAGAAAAAGUAAAAACAAAUUUAUUAAAAAAGAGGAAUGUUUGUGGGGUAGUAUACCAGGUGAGGCUACAAGGGUGGAGACUCCGGUGGUGGUAGAUGAACCAGGGGUAUCUCAAAGAAGUGUAGAGUUGGGUACAGCCGGCAGUAAUGAUGUAGUCACUAGGGCAGGUAGAAUUGUUAGAAAACCAGUUUAUUUGGAAGAUUUUGAUUUAAAAUAAUAUAGUAAAAUAGAUAAUAAAUAUUAGUAUAUAAUAAUUUAAAAAUAAAUAAAAUAAAUAACAUAAGGGGGGGAUGUGUCAUAUUAGUGUCAAUGUCAUUGUCAAGAGAGAUAGACUA